AGAUCUUAUCAAAUACAGAAGUUACUUUAAAAAAUAAGAUCUAUAUUUUAUUUCAAGAUGAAUUCUUUGAAAAUGUUAUUAUUCAUGCAUAUCAUUCUCUCUGAGACUGGUAAAGCGAUGGAAAUUUUUGGACUUUCAGAAUCUUAUGUAACUGUAACUGAAGCUGAUAAUGUCACAAUGACUUGUUCAGGAGCCAUUUUCUUCAGCCGUAUUGACAAGGUCUGCACAGAGCUUCUUGAACUGGUUAAAGUCAACAAGCAGAACGCUGAGACUUUGAUUGUGUCAUAUCCUAGAGUAGGCCAACAUUACACGAAGCCUGUUCAAGAUACCUGGAUCCUUCAUUUGAAAGGCCACACAGAUGUACAGGGACAGUGCAGCAAUGUUAAAACCAUGUACAUCGCCAUCAACAUUCCUGAGAUACAGCUGCAAGACGCUGGGAAAUAUGUCUGCAGAGUAUAUUUCCCCAACGAAACCCACCCCAUCAAUACCUCAACUAAUCUUCUUGUUAAUAGCCCCAAGACUGUUUCGAAAUUCUUCAUUUGGGAUUUGAUGCACACAGACUAUUUGAAAGUCUCUAUUUGUAACACAGAAUCGGAAGCGCGAGUAACUUUUGGCUGCGGUGGACAAGAGCGUAGGUCAAGACUCGUCAAAAAGCAGUCGUGCAUUACAUUAACAUUGCCAACAAAUUCUGAGACUGACUACUGCUACAUUGACAGUGAUGGUAUGGUGACAGCUCAGGUACUCUACGGCUACAAAAAGUUUUACGAGGUCUUCAUGGCGAUCCCAGAGAGCCGAUGGGGAACAAAAUAUCUAACGAGCAUGAAAAUAGGAUCGGCUACUUUGUUCUCUGCCGAGUCAAUAAAUGUUAAUGUUUAUCCAGAUAAACAUAGGAUUACUUUAAGCAGCUUAAAGCAUCAUUCUAUAGAUAUUGAUGACAAGGAAACGGGAAACAUUGAAUCAAAAUCCUGGACUUCACGUGUUUUUAGUUCCAGUGUUCCUUUUGGAGUGAUUGUCUACGAAAUCUUUGUACAAUUGCAUAUAGAGACAGUGCUGCCCGAGGUCGAACUUGACCAGUACGAGUACAUAUCUUACUGUAUAGGAGCACACGUUUGUGAUUGUAUCGUGUAUGCUCCAGCAGUCCAGACCUUCGAUGUCCAUGACAUGAAAAGUCAAAGCGUAUUCUAUUAUACCUCCUCAGUUUCCAAAGAAACGUUUGUGCUCCACUUUGGACCUUAUGUUUUCCAUAGCAAUCAGGCAAUGCAAAUAGUCGUUUCCAUACAAGGUCGCAUCCUCAAAGAUGCAUUUUUGUGCACUGUGGUCCCGUCAAAUCUUUUCUUGGCAGAGUAUUUAGCUACGCUACCAGAGGAAUAUGCAAUACAUUUUCUUAUCAUCCUUAUUCCAGAUAACUUGGACGUUAUUAUGCUAAAUAAUCAAAGUUUGAGUAGCUUUGAUGACAAGAAUGAGAUUGACAGCUUUUUAGGAUUAAAAAUUUGGCAAGUGAAUCUGCAAAGAGAGUCUCAUUCGCCUUUUAACAUGAGAUCCACCGUUGGAAACAUUUUCGGCUGUUAUAUGUUUGGGUACGGUAAUGAAAACAGCUACUCAACACCUAUCAACUUUGGAAAUGAAAGCAGAGAAUUUAUUUUUCAAUAUCAGACCCAAUUGACGCAUUCUACUAUGCCUACGUCAGAGUUGGCUACAACGUCUACGGAGAGCGUCAAAGCAGUUUGCACGCCUACGCCGCAGAAGAAUGGAGAUGAAAAAGACAACGACUGUGAUGGUUAUAUUGAUGAGGAAAUAAUGAAUGGAAAAGAUGACGAUGAAGACGGUGAAAUAGAUGAGGAUAACUCCAGAACAACAGACAGUGGAUGCCUGCAUGGUUGGUUUGGGACCCACUGUGACAAAAAGUGUCGAUGCGAAAAGAAUAAAUGUCAGGCGUCUGGAGAGUGUAAAGAAAAUGUCAGCUGUAUUCAUGGUUUCUUUGGAUCCAAGUGCCAACACAAAGAUCUUAUAAUGAAAUCCAAUGUAAGCCAAGAGGCGAUGCAGUUUAGGCACAGCACUAAAUGUAAACGAAACUUUAAAGCUGUAAGUCCUCUGUCCAUACGAUUUCCGGCUUCAACAAGGAUUUCAUGGAUUCAAAUCGAGGCUGUAUCAACAGAUAGCCUCAAAGACAUACAAAUGCACUUUCUAAAGACUUCGCGCCAAUGUUAUACGGGACAUUGCCUGGACCGACGCGAUAUUCCAGUCGAAAACGACACACUCAUCAUCAUCUGUAACAUCACUGACUACGUAUGUCAGCUCAAUAUUUCUUUUCAUGAGCCCACAUAUCCAAGACGUUGGUGUGCAGUUUACGUUAGCGCAGGCCGCAAUUUUGCAUUGGGUGGAGAUGUCAAUAUGUCAAGCUACUAUAAAGACACCAAAGGAGUCGUCAGCCGUGCACUACUCUCAGUAGAUGGAACCAUUAAAAAAUCUGAGUCCCUAUGUUCUACCACAGACAUCAAUGAUAAAAGACCAGUUUGGAGAGUGUCCUUUCACUCCCCUGUAGUCAUACAUGAAAUAGUCAUUCACUUUAGAGUUACGGCAUUGAAGGAAACAUUCGCGGUAAAUUUGUUCAACCCUAAAGAUCAAGUCAUCUAUACUUACAGAGGAGUCAUUAGAUCAAAAGUUUCAAUUUUAUAUAAAGCUAGAAUAGAUUCACAGACACAGCAUGUGGAAGUAUCAAUACAUAAUUCAAACAGUGUUUUAUCCAUCUGCGAAUUUGAAGCUUAUGGAGAAUGCGCGCCUCCUUUCUAUGGCAUUGAGUGCACAGAAUUGUGCAGCUUGUCCUGCGUAGACCUACUGUGCACAGAUGAUGGCUACUGUUACCACUGCGCCAACGGAACUGGAGGUGCGUACUGCUUCGACGGCUGCCUGGAAUGGUGCGUGGAGUACGAAGAGCUCACCAACACCGCCUACAGCACCACAAGGGCGCCAAGCGCCCCGUACCAAAAACAGAGUGGCUUUCAAGUUGAGAAUUUCUGGUUCUACUUCAUGACCAUUCCUCUUCUCUGCUUCGUGUGUUUUUUGGAAUGCCUACGCGACCAUGCGCACAACAGGGACGUAGAGUCACAGCCAUCUCAAGAGUUAGCUACCGUAUUGUCUGAUACAAAUUUUACGGCUUUAUCAAAAGCAAAGUCUUCAACUCCCGUUGACCAAUGAAAAAAGGUUCAAUGUCUGUUACGUCUUCUGUAUCAGAUUACUUGUAGUGCUAUUAAGACAAUAAGGAUUGUCCGACGAUUAAAGGAGGAUCGCAGUAGUUCCAGCGGCUAGGAAGUCAAAGCUCUGACCUACAAGCUGCUUACAGCAAACACAAGGAACUGUUUUUUUUCAAAGUGAUGAACGAAUUGUUAAAGCAAUAUAAGCUUGACAUUUUUGACUGUAAUAAAAAGACAAAAACAAA